AUGCUCGGGGCUGGCGGGGCCGUGCGCGGGGUCGCGCUGCUGCUGCUGCUGCCGCUGCUGCUGCUACCCCGGGCCGCCCGCGGGGUCGCGGUGUGCGGGCUCUGCCCGGGGCCACCGCGGAACGUCUCCAUCGUGUCCCGGUUCUGUGAGUCCCGGGGAGGCACUGAGAGCGACGGGCGCUGCUGCCGGGAGCGGGGCUCGUCCCCAGGGCGGCUUCUGGGGCUGGACCUGAGCAACUGCUCCCUGCACAGUGUCCCCCCAGAGCUGGCCGAGGCCACUGCUGCCAUUGUCCUGGACCUGACUGAGAACCCCCUGACAACUCUCCCCGAUGGCUCCUUCCUGGGCUUCAUCCAGCUGCAGAACCUCGCGGUGCCGCUGCCGCUGGAGUGUCCAGGCGGGAAUGACGCCUGGCAGAAUGUGACAGUGGACAGGAGCAGCCGGCUGUGCCACGGACAGAGGAACCCCUGCAACAGCUCUGUGAAGCUCGCCUGGCCAUGUCCUGAAAACUCUGUGUGCUCCCCUGACGGCCCGGGCCUCAUCCAGUGCCUCUGUGACAGUCCCUUCCAUGGCUACAAGUGUCUGCGUGAGGGCACGUUCCCGAUGCUUCUCUUUGGAGGAAUCCUGGGCACCGCCACUGUGUCCCUGUCCCUGCUGCUGUGGGGCACCCAGCGGAGGAAAGUCAAGACCCCCUGAGCAGGGCAGGGGAUCGUGCCUGGGCUGGAAGCUCUGUGGCUUGGGAGGCUCCUGGGAUCAAUAAA